AUGGCGCUUCCCUGUAGGAGUAACGUGAAGUCUCUCCUGCGAUUCAUUUCCAAGAAUUAUGUAUCGAAACGGCUUUUCUGCGUUGCAGUCAAUGACAACUCUCAGUCUGCCUCGGGGGCCCGCCGCGUCUUCUCGGGUAUCCAGCCGACAGGUGUGCCGCACCUGGGGAACUACCUGGGGGCGCUGCAGAGCUGGGUGUCUCUGCAGGACUCGUACGACUCGGUCCUGUACAGCAUCGUGGACCUGCACGCCAUCACGCAGCCCCAGGAUCCCAAGCAGCUGCGGGAGAACAUACUGGACAUGGCGGCCAGUCUACUGGCCAUCGGAAUAGACCCCCAACGCUGCAUACUGUUCCAGCAGUCACAGGUGUCGGAGCACACUGAGCUGUCCUGGAUCCUCAGCUGUCUGACCAGCAUGCCCCGCUUACGACACCUGCCCCAGUGGAAGAUGAAAAGCAAGCAGAAGAAUGAGGGCAGUGUUGGCCUGUACACAUACCCUGUCCUUCAGGCAGCCGACAUCCUCCUGUACAAGGCCACUCAUGUGCCGGUGGGGGAGGACCAGGUGCAGCAUUUGGAGCUGGCUCAGGACCUGGCACGCAUCUUCAACAACCACUACGGAGAAGUGUUUCCCGAGCCCAGAGCCUUACUCAGCUCCACGCGCAAGGUGAAGUCCCUGCGCGACCCCUCCUCCAAGAUGUCCAAGUCGGACCCCCAGAAGCUGGCCACCGUCAGUCUGACCGACUCGCCCGACGACGUGGCCCUCAAGAUCCGCCGCGCCGUCACCGACUUCACCUCCGAGGUGACCUACGACCCCGAGGCACGACCCGGCGUCUCCAACCUCGUCUCCAUCCACGCGGCCGUGUCGGGGCUGAGCGUGGAGGAGGUGGUGCGGCAGGCCGAGGGCGUGGACACGGGCCGCUACAAGCAGGUGGUGGCCGAUGCCGUGGUGGAGCGGCUGGAGCCCAUUCGGACGGAGAUCCAGAGGCUGAGGGACGACAGGGCACACCUGGAGGACGUGCUGCAGCGCGGGGCGCAGAAAGCCCGGGAGCUGGCCUCCCCAGUGCUGAAGGAGGUGCGACAGCGUGUGGGCUUCCACUGACUGUGAACAGUCUAUGUGUGUGUGUGUGCGUGUGCGUGUGUGUGUGUGCGCGCGUGCGUGUGUGAGGGAGAGAAAGUCUUUACUCCACGGGUUCCCUGUUCUCCAACGAAGAUGGAUCUGCAAUUCUGCCAUGGUGAUGUUAUUGCUUUAAACCUCUUUGAGGUGAAAGAUCUGUGUAUGGGAUUAGAACUUCCGCAAAAUGUUGAGUUCUCACUAUAUCACAGAUGGGAUUCUUUACACAAAGUUCUGUGGAAGCUGUAAAAUGCUCAGGUAACAUUCUAGAAGGUUGUGGGAAACGAUUCUUCCUCCUUUAAAGGGUUAGAAGCAACUCGGGCAUUGCUACAAAAGAGCCGGAGUAGAUUUAUAGGCCAUUUCUUAGCCUUCCUCGUCGUUGUCGUCAUCGUCAUCAUCAACACCAUAAAAACGCAUUAUCGUAUGACUAUGACCCUGAAAUGGAACCACAUGCCACAAGGGUUAAAGGAAUUUUACCUGCUAUUGAAAGCAGUGCGAAUCAGAGCCAUAACUCUUUCUUUCUUUCUUUCUUUCUUUUUUUUGGUUUCCGUACUGCGCUUGAAGAAAGUUAUAUUUACGUUUCUUGUGAUCUUGGUGACGACGUAAGCGCCCCACGCUAACCUCCCCCGUCGCUUGGGCGAACUACCUUGUUACGGUUGUCGUGGUUCCUUUUCAAGGUCAUGUUACAAGGCGGAAGGUCAAAAGAGCUUUUUGAACAAAAUGUGUUAGCAAUGUCAGCCAUACUUGCAGAUGAGGGUGAAAGAAAUGAACAUGAGAAAUGAAAAUAGAGGAGGAAGAGAAACGCCUAAUAAAAGAGAAGCACUGGUGCUGUGUAUAAAUGGAUAGUCAUGACCUGGUGGAUGGGAAAGGGGAAACAAAAAGAACUCCUGUGUGCCCUACGGACUCGACCCGGCCAUGUUGGAGAGACCAACUGUUUGCCCAGUGCGUAUUCUGGGACAUUUUAAUGUGCGCCAUGGAAACUAAAGCAAGACUGGUGGUGAUGAUGCCGUCUCUCCAGCUGUACAGUUUAGUGUAUAGAGACCACCAGCUGUUUCUCACAAUGAAGCUGACACAAGUUAUUUUUUUCCACUUGUUUUUUUUUCAUAUAUAUAUUAUAAUGAUGAAAAAAUAAACGUAAAGGAAUUUGA